AUGGCAAACAAAACCCACUACGAGCUCCUGGGCGUGAAGCCCGAGGCCACCCUGCAGGAGAUCAAGAAAGCCUACCACCGCCUCGCCCUCAAAAUUCACCCUGAUAAGAACCCGAAUGACGCGAACGCCAAGGUAAAAUUCCAACAGCUGCAGCAGGUGAUGGAGACGCUCUCCGACCCCGACUCACGGGCCCGAUACGACGCACGGAUAAGGAGCACGGCCACGGCGGGACGGACGCCGACACCCGGCCGCAUCCAGCACACCCGCACCGCGACGACACACUGCCCCCGGCAGCAGCAGCAGCAGCAGCAGCGGUUGGAGUAA